CUUCAAAGGGCUUUUUUUCCUGAUAAACUUUUUAGAGAUCUUCCCUAUUUUUCAAUCAAAACAAAAAAAACUCAAUUUUUUCAAUCAAAACAAAACAAAAUACGUGCGGAGCACGGAUCGCUUGUGUUUCGUGCGUUUCGUGAAGUAAAUAAAAAUUGCAAUCAGGAAGAAAAUACCAUCUAAAAAAUGGCCACAAAACCAUUGCUUGGCAGUGUACAAUCGGCGGAAUUGGUUUGCCGAUUAUGCUUCACGGAACGAAGACCUCACGAGUUGAUUUUCAUCGGUUCUGAAUUGCAGGACUGGAUCGAACUGCUGACUUCUGUGAAGAUUGAUCAUGUUCCAAAUGCCCCAACAUCGAUAUGUGUCGAAUGUAGGGCCACUUUAGAAAGCUAUGAAACGUUCCGGCAAAUGUGCCAAGAAAACAAUGGAAUAUUCCAAGAGACGUUUCUUCCGGUUGCGGAUCCGAAGAGGCGAAAAGUAGUUUCUAAGGAUGAAAAUAUAGUGGAAACAGAUGUUGAUCCUCUUGAAACUAUGGAAGUGGAACUCGGCGUAGUGCCUUGCGACUGUUCCACAGAUCAUGCGUCGCCGUUAGAGAACAUGGAAAUUAAGGUUGAAGACACAGAGAUUGAGAAACCAGCCCAAGACCCAAUCAAUGUAAAAAUAAUCACGGAACAUGAUAUAAAUCGAGAUGUCGUACUAAAAAUACUAAACUCAAGUCCGGCCUGCAAAGUUCUUAUAAGGCACAAACUUUCGCAGGGUUAUCCGAUUGCCAAUAAAGAUAUGAAUCUAAUUUGUCGAACCGUAUGUAGUCCACUUUUCAGUCCGAUGAUCGAGCAUGGAAUAUCCGUGACCACAAAAACAAAACAGAAAUUGGCAAAAGCUAUUGUAGAAACAUUCGACUGUCUCGGAGCUCGGAGAGAAGGUGCGCCAGUUGAGUUUCAAUGGUUUUGGAAGUUCAACGGCCAGUCGAAGGGGGACCACUCGGGAAAGAUUCAACAUUGGAUCCGUAAUACAUCGAAGAUCCUACAAGGCGUCCGACGUAAACGCCGAAAUGCGAAUCCGGGGCUGACCAAUGACGAAGCCAAUGCUGUCGAAGAAUUAGGCCAGUUGGACGACUUGGCAGAUUAUGUCAAGAUUAAUCAGCUUAUGACUUUAACGUUCACAUAUCGUCAGAGCCUACGCAUCCCGAAGAGUGGCCCUUCGUCAGUAUGUGCAGAAUUUCCACAUCUGCUGUGGUAUGGUCAUCUGAUGAUUGAUCAAGAGUUUGAUCGUAUGUAUCCCAAGAGACGUGCAAUCGGCACGCUUUCCUCUAUUUCUCCAUUAUGCUUAAUGCUAAAACACACAUUCAGCGAAAUAAGUUGCCCAAUCAUUCAAGCAUUGAUGAAAGUGAUGGCCGAAUUGACACUGCAAGGAAACUCCCGUAAGACGUCCUCCACCGGUUUACCGCCGAUAGAAGAUAAUGCAUCGGUGUUUGUCCGUUGGUUGCAACCCGAAACGGACUUGGACUAUUUUGUCGAAAAUAUCCCGGGAGAUCCGCCAUAUAUUGUCUGCACGGCGAGGGCCUUCGCCGAGGGACAGUACUAUGUGAUUAUAACGAACACGGCCAUCGAUUGCGGCCACAACUUCGACCGAGCCUUCGAUGUACUGGUGAAGGCGUACAAAGUGUUCAACAUUUCGGUGCCGGGACGGGCUAACAAGGUGAUAGAGCUAUUCGAUCUAGUUUAUGGACUCCAGAUGCACAGCCGAUUGAGCCACGUUAACAAACUGUUUGGCAACAUCAAGAAAGCGGUUAAUCCGAUGAUCAAUUGAUUUCUGUCGUAGAACUACUACACAACAGUGUUAGGAAAAACUCGAAUUCGCCAAAUACAUGGAUGAUCCAGAGCGAGUUGAAACA